CGUUCCGGCGAUAUGACGGCGAGCUACCUGGACUCUGAAAUGCACUCUGGCGCCAUAUACUAGCCGAACAGCUACCGUUACUCGACUUCUCUCUCAGUUUUGCUUCCAGGCGCGUUCACGAUACCAUUGUCGCAUUGCUUUUGGACGAUUGACGCACUAAUUCUUCUCCACCACCAGCACACCCUGCAGCUUCCUAUUGUGCGAUCAAGCUCGAACAGUUUGAGACACCUUCGUCCUGUUGAUCGCAUUGAAGCCACGCUGCUCUCGACUGAGAAUUGUCCAGUUUCCCCUCUUUGCGCUCGAGGAUCCUCCAAUUGAACGUUCAAGGGUUGCGCGAGUCGAACACAUCUUGGACAAUGGCAAUUAUUGACUCUGUGACGGGAGCUGUGUCUUCCCUUCUUAGCCCAGUCACAUCACAAGCUUGGGGACCGCUGGUGAAUCUAUGCAAAAAUGGCACUCUUUCGCAAUUUCAAAACCUGAAGCAUGGCAAGCUGGUGUUGUUUGAAGGUGGCUCGAGCAAGGCUACUGCUGCGUUUGGAUCUGACAAAGAGGGUCUUCCAAUCGCUUUUCUUAACGUGCUCGACGAAAAGUUCUGGGUGCGAUUGGCGCUAUUCGCAGACAUGGGCUUCGCAGAAAGCUAUAUGCUGGGAGAAUUCACAACUCCAGACCUAACGAAGUUCUUUGAGCUCUUCAUCCUGAACCGCAACUACCUCUCCAAUGGCUCGACUUUCACCUCCGCCAUUUCCUCUGGCCUCGCUGGCCUGGUACGAGGCAGCAACAAUCUCAAAAACGCGCGCCUUAACAUCUCCGCACAUUACGACAUCUCCAACGAGAUGUUCGCCGCAUUCCUCUCCCAAGACAUGACCUACUCGUGCCCGAUAUGGCUACCAAAAUCGAACCCGAAAUCUGCAAGCGAAAGCCUCUACGACGCGCAAAUGCGAAAGCUCGAUCGCUUCAUCGAUAACACACAUAUCAAGGGGACAGACCAUGUUUUGGAGAUUGGCACAGGGUGGGGCAGCUUCGCCAUGCGUGCUGUACAACGGACGGGCUGCAGAGUUACAUCUCUUACCCUAUCCAUUGAGCAAAAAGAGCUAGCAGAAGAGCGGAUACGAGAAGCCGGCAUGUCAGACAAGAUCACAGUCCUCCUCUGCGACUACCGAAGUCUGGAGGUGCCAGAAACAGGACCCUUCGACAAGGCGGUAUCGAUCGAGAUGCUGGAAGCUGUGGGCAAGGAAUAUCUGGUCACAUACUUCAAGUGCAUAGACAAACUUCUCAAGAAGGAGGGCGGUGUGGCAUGCUUCCAAUGCAUAACGAUGCCCGAUGCGCGCUACGAAGCCUACGCCAAAUCCGACGAUUUCAUCCGCCGAUACAUCUUCCCUGGUGGCCAUCUGCCCGCCGUUUCCGAACUGGUUGCCAGCAUACAAACCGCUUCAAGCGGCUCGCUAGUCGUCGACAGCAUAGAGAACAUCGGCCCUCACUACGCGAAAGCGCUGCGGUUAUGGCGCGAAGAAUUCUUGGAUAACUGGGAGGGCAAGAUCAAGCCGCAGCUUAUCAAGGAGAAGGCUAAGGAAGGAAUGGACAACGAAGGUGCGGAGAUUUUCAAGAGGAAAUGGGACUACUACUUCCGAUACUCGGAAGCGGGCUUCUCGACGAAAACGCUGGGUGAUGUCAUCAUUACAGUGGGAAGAGAAGGCACUAUGCAGAUGAUGGAAGAUGUACCAUUGUAGAUACAGUGCUCGUCACAUGCAAGGAGACGAUGGAACGCGAUCGUAAAUGUUGUGUAAUAUGGCAUAUACCCCCC